UAAAACUCUGUGGAUACAAUGAAGUGGCUCUGGGACUCUUGGUGGUUUAGCAGGAAAAAUUAAAUAAACCAAUCUGUUUCCACUACUAGGAGUAAAGACCAGUAAAGACAAAGCAGGAUGAAAAGAUGGCUGACUUCUUGUUACCACCGGGUACUAACAGCUUCCACCGGUUCACGCCCGAGUCCUUGGCUGCCAUCGAGAAGCGAAUUGCAGAGAAGCUGGCCAGGAAUGCCAAGCAGGAAUACAGAGAGCAGCUGGGCGAGGAAGAGAAGCCUCAGCCUCAGUUUGACUUGCAAGCUUGCAAGAAGCUGCCUGAUAUCUAUGGGACUGUUUCUCCAGAGCUCAUUGGGGAGCCCUUGGAGGACAUCGACCCUUUCUACAGUGAUCGCAAGACAUUUAUAGUACUGAACAAAGGGAAGACAAUCUUUCGAUUUAGUGCCACUCCUGCCUUGUACAUACUUAGUCCUUUCCAUCCAAUCAGAAGAGCAGCAAUUAAAAUUUUGGUACAUUCAUUGUUCAGUAUGUUUAUUAUGUGCACUAUUUUAACUAAUUGUGUGUUCAUGGCACAAUCAGAGACUCCGUCAUGGAAUAAAUAUGUUGAGUACACUUUCACUGGCAUUUACACUUUUGAGUCAUUGAUAAAAAUAUUGGCAAGAGGAUUUUGCAUGACAGAAUUCACCUUCCUUCGGGAUCCAUGGAACUGGCUGGAUUUCAGUGUUAUUGUUAUGGCAUACAUAACUGAAUUUGUGGACCUGGGCAAUGUCUCAGCCUUACGAACGUUCAGAGUGCUGCGGGCGCUGAAAACAAUCUCAGUCAUUUCAGGGCUGAAGACCAUUGUAGGGGCACUUAUCCAGUCUGUUAAGAAACUUGCAGAUGUGAUGAUCCUGACCGUUUUCUGCUUGAGUGUCUUUGCCCUCAUAGGCCUCCAGCUCUUCAUGGGCAACCUGAGACACAAAUGUGUCAGGGAUUACACCAUGUUUAACUUCACCAAUGGCUCCCUGUACUUGGAUGGUAGGACAUGGAACAACUCAGAGGAAUUUCUUAGUGAUCCAGUGAACUAUUUCAUAAAAAAUGGUACAGAAGAUGUGUUACUGUGUGGCAACAGCUCUGAUGCUGGCACGUGCCCUGAGGGAUAUAUAUGUCUGAAGGCUGGGGAAAAUCCUGACCAUGGUUACACAAGCUUUGAUACUUUUGGCUGGGCCUUUCUCUCCUUGUUCCGUCUUAUGACUCAAGAUUACUGGGAACGUCUUUACCAACAGACUCUCAGAUCUGCUGGGAAGAUCUACAUGCUUUUUUUCAUGCUGGUCAUCUUCCUGGGCUCGUUCUACCUGAUCAACCUGAUUCUGGCUGUUGUGGCCAUGGCAUAUGAGGAGCAGAACCAAGCCACUAUUGCUGAAACAGAGGAGAAGGAGAGAAAGUUUCGGGAAGCCAUGGAGAUGUUGAAGAAAGAACAGGAGGCACUAGCAGCUAAAGGAAUUGAUUCAAUGUCACUCAGCUCAUUGGAACUGUCACCUAAAAGUGCAAAAGAAAGAAGAAAUAAGAGGAAGAAAAAGAAAUCUUUGGGGGGAGACGAGUAUGGGGAGGACCAAAGGAAUCCCAAGUGUGACUAUGAUGAUGGUCAAAGGAGGAUGACUCUCCUUGGCAUUAGUUAUGGUCCCAGUGCAAACUUGGUGAAGCGCAGAACGAGCCACGGAAGCGUUUUCAGUUUCCGACUCCGUGGCAGAGACACUUGCUCCGAGACAGAUUUUGCCGAUGAUGAGAUCAGCAUCGCUGGGGAAAAUGAAAGCCACCGGGGCUCCCUCUUAAUUCCAAGAUCUGGGAGGCGUCCAAGCGUGCAGAGUCAAGUGAGCCAUAGUUCUCACCCUACUACUCCCAACUACACCCAGACGGGCAAAAGGAACAGCUCAGUGGAUUGCAAUGGUGUGGUUUCCCUGAUAGGAGGAGGAGGAGGCACCGGGGCACUCCACCCAGACCCUACUUCUCCUGCAGGGUUACUGCUCCCCCCAGUUAUUAUGGAAAAGCCUGGGACAGGUGACCUGACUUCCCCCUCGGAUGAGGCAAGCAAGAAACAGCUUUUAAUGCCCCACCGGCCCUCAGUGGACCACUCAGAGGAGCCCUUUCAGAGGCAGAGGGCAGUGAGUGCUGUCAGCAUCAUCACCAGUGCCCUGGAAGAGCUUGAGGAAUCGCACCAGAAAUGUCCUCCCUGCUGGAACCACUUUGCUGUUAAAUUCCUCAUUUGGGAUUGUUGCCCACUUUGGCUUUUAAUCAAGAAAUUUGUCAAGUUUGUGGUCAUGGACCCGUUCACUGACCUCACCAUCACCCUGUGCAUUGUGCUGAACACGCUCUUCAUGGCCCUGGAGCACUACAAGAUGACCAAGGAGUUUGAGCACAUGCUCUACAUUGGCAAUUUGGUCUUCACUGGGAUUUUUACAGCAGAAAUGAUCUUCAAAGUAAUUGCCCUUGACCCCUACUACUAUUUCCAACAGGGCUGGAAUAUUUUUGACAGCAUAAUUGUUAUUCUAAGCUUGAUGGAACUGGGUUUGUCCAGCAUGGGAAACCUGUCUGUUUUACGCUCCUUUCGACUGCUGAGAGUCUUCAAGCUGGCAAAGUCCUGGCCGACCUUAAACACGCUCAUUAAAAUCAUUGGAAACUCAGUGGGUGCCCUGGGUAACCUCACCCUCGUGCUGGCCAUCAUCGUCUUCAUCUUUGCCGUGGUAGGGAUGCAGCUUUUUGGGAAGAGCUACCUGGACAAUGUGAAGAAGAUAAGCACCACUGGCAACCUGCCACGGUGGCACAUGAACGACUUCUUCCACUCGUUCCUCAUCAUCUUCCGGAUUUUGUGUGGAGAGUGGAUCGAGACCAUGUGGGACUGCAUGGAAGUAGCUGGGCAGCCACUGUGCCUUCUUGUCUUCUUGUUGGUCAUGGUGAUAGGAAACCUGGUGGUGCUCAACCUGUUCCUUGCCUUGCUGCUGAGCUCCUUCAGCGCCGACAACCUCUCUGCGCCGGACGAGGACGGCGAGAUGAACAACCUGCAGCUCGCGUUCGCCCGCAUCAACAGGGGCCUGCAGUACGCCAAAAAAGCCGCCUGGAACUUCUGCUGCCACGUCCUCAGGCACCCCAAGACCACGGCUGAGAAGAAGGCCAUGAUGAAACUCGCUGCCCAGAACCCAGGAGCCCUCAACAACUGCGUGAACAGCCACGCCACGGCCGAGCUCGGCAAAGACAUGGAGAACCACAAGGAGAGCCGCGCCGAGGAUGGGGUCAACAAAAACGGAGAGAAACACCCAGCAAUCACAGAUGAUGAUUUUAUGACCAAUCCUGAGCUGUCCAUUUGUGUUCCCAUUGCUGUGGGUGAGUCGGAUAUCGAGGAGGAGGAUGAGGAGCAGAGCACCUUUACGGAAAUGGAGCAGCAGGAAAAGCAGCUGCAGCUGAGGGGGCAGCGAUGCCAAAGCCCAGGAGUCCGGAGUCAGAACUCUGAGAUUUAUGAAGAGUUAAGUGAGUUGCACGUGGAUAAGCAGUUGAAGGCUGAGCCACCACCUCCAGUAGGGCAAAAAGAGCUUGAUGAAAUCAGUCUUUCUGAAGGCAGCACAGUGGAUUUGACAAAUCCUGCAGAACUGCUGGAGCAGAUCCCCGAGUUUGCUGAGGAGCUGAUGGAGCCUGAGGAUUGCUUCCCUGAAGUCUGUGUGCGAUUCUUCCCAUGCUGUUCAGUGGACAUCACAAAAUUUCCAGGCAAAAUUUGGUGGAGGCUGCGAAAGACCUGCUACAGAAUCGUGGAGCACAACUGGUUUGAAACAUUCAUCAUCUUCAUGAUCCUGCUGAGCAGUGGAGCCCUGGCCUUUGAAGAUAUUUACCUUGAAGAUCGAAAAAACAUAAAAACCAUGCUGGAAUAUGCUGACAAAGUAUUCACUUACAUCUUUGUCCUGGAGAUGCUCCUGAAGUGGGUGGCUUAUGGCUUCAAGAAGUAUUUCACCAAUGCCUGGUGCUGGCUGGAUUUCCUCAUUGUAGAUGUCUCUUUAAUCAGCCUGGUUGCCAGCACUCUUGGAUACUCCGAGAUGGGUCCCAUCAAAUCCCUGCGGACCCUGCGUGCCCUGCGGCCCCUGAGGGCCCUGUCACGCUUUGAGGGGAUGAGGGUGGUGGUCAACGCCCUUGUGGGGGCCAUCCCCUCCAUCAUGAAUGUUCUGCUCGUCUGCCUCAUCUUCUGGCUCAUCUUCAGCAUCAUGGGAGUGAACCUCUUUGCUGGGAAGUUUGGGAAGUGCAUUAAUAAGACAGAAGGAGAUAUGCCUUUGGACUCUAAAAUUAUUAACAACAUGAGUGACUGCAUCCUUUACAACGUGUCGGGCACGUUUUACUGGACAAAAGUUAAAGUUAACUUUGAUAAUGUUGGUGCUGGGUACCUGGCUCUGCUGCAAGUGGCCACAUUUAAAGGCUGGAUGGAUAUUAUGUAUGCAGCAGUGGAUUCAAGAGAGUGCGAGGAGCAGCCUGAGUGGGAAUGCAAUUUGUACAUGUACCUUUACUUUGUGAUUUUCAUCAUCUUCGGCUCUUUCUUCACACUGAACCUCUUCAUUGGUGUCAUCAUUGACAAUUUUAACCAACAAAAGAAAAAGAUAAGUGGCCAGGACAUCUUCAUGACAGAAGAACAGAAAAAAUAUUAUAAUGCAAUGAAAAAGCUGGGAUCUAAGAAACCUCAAAAGCCAAUCCCAAGGCCGCUGAACAAAUACCAAGGUUUUAUUUUCGAUGUCGUCUCAAAACAAGCCUUCGAUGUCUCCAUCAUGAUUCUCAUCUGCCUUAACAUGGUUACCAUGAUGGUGGAAACAGAUGACCAAAGUCAAGAAAAAGUGAACAUCCUCCACAAAAUCAACAUGCUUUUUGUUGCCAUCUUCACUGGGGAGUGCAUCUUCAAAAUGCUGGCUCUGCGGCACUACUACUUCACCAACGGCUGGAACAUCUUUGACUUUGUGGUUGUGAUUCUGUCCAUCGUAGGCACCGUACUUUCUGACAUCAUCCAGAAAUAUUUCUUCUCUCCCACACUCUUCAGAGUCAUUCGUUUGGCUCGGAUUGGCCGGAUCCUGCGACUCAUCCGGGGAGCCAAAGGAAUUCGAACUCUCCUGUUUGCCUUAAUGAUGUCCCUUCCUGCUCUGUUCAACAUUGGCCUCUUGCUGUUCCUGGUCAUGUUCAUUUAUGCCAUUUUUGGCAUGGCUAACUUUGCCUAUGUGAAGAAGGAGUAUGGGAUUGAUGACAUGUUCAACUUCCAAACCUUUGCUAACAGCAUGCUCUGUCUCUUCCAAAUCACCACGUCAGCUGGCUGGGAUGGUCUUCUCAACCCCAUCUUAAACACUGGACCACCGUAUUGUGACCCAAACCUUCCCAAUGCAAAUGGCUCAAAGGGAGACUGCGGGAGCCCCGCUGUAGGGAUUUUAUUCUUUGUCACAUAUAUCAUUAUAUCAUUUCUCAUUGUUGUAAACAUGUAUAUAGCCAUUAUUUUAGAGAACUUCAGUGUAGCCACUGAGGAAAGUACAGAGCCUCUAAGCGAGGAUGAUUUUGAUAUGUUCUAUGAAAUCUGGGAGAAGUUUGACCCCGAAGCCACUCAGUUUAUUGAGUAUUCUGCACUUUCAGACUUUGCAGACGCGCUGUCAGAACCUUUGCGCAUAGCGAAACCCAACAAAAUCAAACUCAUAGCGAUGGACCUGCCCAUGGUCAGCGGAGACAGGAUCCAUUGCUUGGAUAUUUUGUUUGCUUUUACAAAAAGGGUGCUAGGAGAAUCCGGGGAGAUGGAUGCCCUUAAAAUACAGAUGGAAGAGAAGUUCAUGGCAGCCAACCCCUCCAAGAUCUCCUACGAGCCGAUAACAACGACGCUCAGGCGGAAACAAGAAGAGGUCUCCGCCAUCGUCAUCCAGAGGGCCUACAGGAGACACUUGUUCCGGCGCUCCAUGAAGCAGGCAUCCUACCUGUACCGGCACAGAACUUUGGAGAGCAGCAGCAUCCUGGAGGACGAUGCGCCCGAGAAGGAGGGUCUCAUUGCGUUCAUGAUGAACGAAAACUACGGCAGGCCCAUAGACAAAUCAGAAACUCUGUCCUCCACCUCCUUCCCUCCGUCCUACGACAGCGUCACCCGAGGCACGAGUGAAAACCUCCAGCUGAAGAUCACGGACGUGAGCAAAAGCGAUGAGGCUAUAGAUUGUCUUCUCUCACCCGACAAGGAUAAGGAAUCAAUUGUUUAAGUGUUUGUUUAGAAUGCUUUAAAACAUUGUUUACAGAAUGUAAUGCUGUAACUACACAACGAUUGAAGCAGCCUUCUUAUUAAAAAUUAGUUGCAAAAGAAAAAAAGUGGAGUUUUUACCCUUAACUACAAGAGUCUA